CUUUCAUCUUUCAGUAUACCAGUUCGAGGACACAAUAUAUUCUGGGGUAGUAAGGAUAAUAAAUACACACCUGACACUGUGAUGAAGAUGAACGCUAAUGAAUUAAAGAAUGCUGUAGAUGAAAGAAUCAGAUAUAUUGUCAGUCAAACGAAAGGAUUAGUAGAUCACUGGGAUGUGAGCAAUGAAAUGUUACAUAAUCAUUAUUUUGAAGAGAAAACUGGAGAUCCUUACUAUAGUCAUCAUAUGUAUAAAUAUCUACAUCAAUUAGAUCCUAAACCUAAAUUAUUUCUCAAUGACUAUAAUAUUAUACCACAGGGCACUUUUACAUCUGCUUUUGUCAGUCAAGCCAAUGAGUACAAGAAAGCCAAUGUCGGAGUAUAUGGACUUGGUGUUCAGUGUCAUUUCCCAGAAUAUGAAAAGCCAGAUGCCACCCUUAUUAAGAAACGUCUUGAUCAAAUGGCGACAACAGGAUUACCAUUAUGGGUGACAGAAUUAGACGUAGUUGUAGCUGAUGAGAAUACAAGAGCUGAUUGGUAUGACAUCACAUUAAGAUCAUUAUUCAGUCAUCCUGCUGUCGAGGGCAUUAUACUCUGGGAUUUCUACGGUCCACAACAUUGGAGAGGUCCCAAUGCUGGGUUGGUCAGUGGUCCAGACUAUCGGGUAAACGCUGCAGGGAAACAUUACUUGGAUCUAAUCUAUCAAGAAUGGAGUACUCAUGUUAUUCAUGAUUUAGGAAAUGGUAAAAUUUUCUCUGUUAGAGGUUUCCAUGGUGACUAUGAAGUGAUAGUAAAAUAUAAAGGCAGUCCAAUUAAAGAUCAGAAAUUUACUUUGACUAAAUCAGAUACACAUGUUGAUGUUACAGUCACUGAUAUACAUGGUAAGAUAUGUUACAGUCACUGA